GGGUGACGAGGAGGAGGAAGAAGGGAAAGAUGCCACUAAAAGAAAGCAAACUAUUAAGACUGAGGAAGAGGAAGAAGAAGAAGGGAAAGGUGACGCUAAAAGAAAGAAGAGCAAUGAGGAGGAAGGAGAAGGAUGGAAAGAUGAAUCUAAAAUAAAGAGGAGCAUCAAGACCGAGGAAGAGGAGGAAGGAAGCAGGGAGGUCCUGAAAAGAAAGAGGAGCAGUGAGGGUGAAGAAGAGGAGGAAGGAGAGGGGGUGGAGUCAGUUAAAUCCGAGUAUGAAGACAAAAGCGUGCUACUGUUUGAUGGCGCCGGGUACCACUGCCUUAUCUGUGGUUGGAAGAACAAGCUAAAAGCUGUGGGCAUCAGCCACGUGGUGCGCAAGCAUAACAUUCCCAAAGCAUACGCCAACCAGGCCAUCAGACGUGACGUUGCCGCGUCCAACCAGACACAGAGUGGCGGGGGGUGGAAGAGGAGGAGGCGGUGGUGGCCGGGCUGAGCGGUGAGCUGCUGAAGGAGGAGAUGGAGGCCACGGCCAAAGUGGUGCGCUUCAUCUCCAACCGCUUCGUGUGCCUGAUGUGCGGCUGGAAGACCAAACUCAAAGGUUUCGCCAUCAGUCACGUGGUGCGUUGCCACGACGUCGAGCGGCCGUACAGCUGCAAGGACUGCAAGCGCAGCUUCUUCCUGCCGAGCCGGCUGCAGCGGCACAUCAGCUCCGCCCACCGGCCCGGCCGCUACGCCUGCCCCUUCUGCUGCUUCAGGUCGCACUUCCUGGGAGGCUUCAGGAGACACUGCAGCCGCUGCAACGCCCGCGAGGAGGAGGGGGAUGGCGGUGAGGGAGGGGCAGUGGAGGAGGAGGACAAUGAGGAGGAGGAGGAGGGAGAGGACAGGAAGGAGACAAGAAGGGAGAAGAAACGCAGAAGUGUGGGGAUGGCGGCAGUGGAGGAGGACGACGAUCAGGACGAAGACGACGAAGACUGAAAAGGAGGAGGAGCUACAGAAGCACACGAUACUUCGCUGAAAGUUUUUAACCUGCAGAGAACAAAUAUCUGUUUCACCGAGUCCGAAUAAACUUAUUUUUUUUACGAUU